UUUGUAAAUUAAAAUUAGUUUUCUCUGUUAAUCGAAAUCCAAAAGAACGACAGAGAUUUUUCACUAACGGAAGAAGGGAGAGAGAUAGCGAGAGUCGAGAGGGAUCUAUUUUUUGUUUCAUUACAACCUUUUAAUCUUCAUGUAGUGUUCUGUACCUUCCCAGAUUAAAUUCUGUUAGCUGCUGUGCUUCGUUGCCGUGUCCCCUGCGUUCUCUCUCUCUCUAGCUCGAUUCAGGUUGAAAGAGAAAAUUAGAGCUGCCUGUAGUUUAUCACAAGAUCCUAAUCUUGCUCUCAUUUCUUAGGGUUUUGAAAUGGCCAGAUCUCUCUCUACUCAUCUCCCUAAUUGACUGUUUAAAGAUUAGUUUUUUUUUCCCAAUUAGAAACAGUAACAUGACGAGUUUAACUGGUUUACACGACACAAGUGAUUCUUAAGCAAAACAAGGAGAGGCUUCUGUUCCUUUUUUUUUUUGGUAGAGAUAUGAUCAAGCAGAUAUUUGGGAAACUACCCAAAAAAACUUCCAAAUCAUCAUCCCAUCCAAACGGAGAAGGCGGCGGCGUUAAUCCACAUCACACCCCUCCUCCAACCUCAAACAGACCCAAUGGCGUUUACGAGCCUCUCCCUAGCUUCAGAGACGUCCCCGCCUCCGAGAAACCCACUCUCUUCAUCAAGAAACUCACCAUGUGCUGCGUCCUCUUCGACUUCACCGACCCUUCCAAGAACCUCCGAGAGAAAGAGACCAAAAGACAGACUCUACUCGACCUCGUCGACUACAUCGCCACCGUCCCCACAAAGUUCACCGACGCCGCGAUGCAGGAGAUCGCAAAACUCGCCGCUAUCAACCUCUUCAGAACGUUUCCCACUGCAGCCAACCACGAGAGCAAAGUCUUGGAAACGCUUGAUGGUAAUGACGACGAGGAGCUUGCUUUAGAGCCAGCCUGGCCUCAUCUCCAGCUCGUCUACGAGCUUCUCCUCAGAUUCGUCGCCUCCUCCAUGACUGACGCCAAGCUUGCGAAGCGAUACGUGGACCACUCCUUCGUCUUGAAGCUCUUGGAGCUCUUUGACUCCGUGGACCAGAGAGAAAGAGAGUAUCUGAAAACCAUCCUCCACCGGAUCUACGGCAAGUUCAUGGUGCAUCGGCCUUUCAUCAGGAAGGCCAUCAACAACAUCUUCUACAGGUUUGUAUUCGAGACCGAGAGGCAUAACGGUAUUGCUGAGUUGCUUGAGAUUCUUGGGAGUAUAAUCAACGGUUUCGCUUUGCCGUUGAAAGAGGAGCAUAAGCUUUUCUUAGUCAGGGCUUUGAUGCCGCUUCAUAGGCCUAAGUGUGCUGCUGCGUAUCAUCAGCAGCUUUGUUAUUGUAUUGUUCAGUUUGUUGAGAAAGACUCCAAGCUUGCUGAUACGGUCGUUAGAGGGCUGCUAAGGUAUUGGCCUGUGACUAAUAGUUCUAAGGAAGUUAUGUUUCUUGGGGAGUUGGAGGAAGUCUUGGAAGGUACUCAAGCAGCUGAGUUUCAAAGGUGUAUGGUUCCUUUGUUCCGUCGAAUCGCUAAAUGCCUCAACAGCUCACAUUUUCAGGUGGCUGAAAGAGCUUUGUUUCUGUGGAACAACGAUCACAUAAGGAACCUGAUUACUCAAAACCUUAAAGUGAUAAUGCCAAUCGUGUUCCCGGCUAUGGAAAGAAACAUGUGUAGCCAUUGGAACCAGACGGUGAAGAAUCUGACUUUGAAUGUGAGGAAAGUAUUGGCGGAGACAGACCAAGCUCUGUUUGAUGAAUGCUUAGCCAAGUUUCAAGAAGAUGAAGCGAGUAAAGCCGAGGUGGCAGCCAAACGAGAAGCAACGUGGAAGCUUUUGGAAGACUUGGCGGCUUCUAAAACCGUAAGCAGCGAGGCAGUGCUGGUCACAAGGUUUACAUCUUCGGUUACUAUCACUACCUCAGGGAAAGCUUCUGGUAGUUGAACACUCUUUCUACUUCUUUGUUUAUCAACAAUGCUUUCAAAAGAUCAAGUAGAGUUGAAUCGAAGGCUGGAUUCAGGGGUUGUUAAAUUGUUUGUUGAUUCUGAUCUCUUUUAAUAUUGUCAGCUCUUAGAGGUGAAAGACCAAUGUCUUGUAAGAAAAAUAUGGUUCUAUAGAUUAUAGUUCUUGAGAGGAAUUUUAUUUGUAUUGUAUUGUGGAAUGAAAGUGAUCUUUAACU